AUGGAUCAAGGACAUGUAGAGACCCGAAUCGACGAUUCCUUCAAACAAAAAUCGUUCCAACAACGGUGGUUCGGCAGCCGGAGCUUUGUUCUACGGGGAUUCACAUUUCUGGCCACGGUCGUCCUCUUCUUCAACAUCGGGUGGCUUGGGGAGUUGGCUCCAUAUUGGCGUCAUUGGAUUCCGAAAUUUUCGGCAUAUUUCGCUGAGGAAGACGGUCAUCUGCAUCGUCCUCGCGAGCAGUUCUUUGCCCUUUCAUCUGCUGUCAUUUCAGUCAACGAAUACAGCUGGGCUGUCGUCACCCCUGACUUCAUAACUGGCGCCGCCUUCAAUUUGACCACCGCUGCGGGGACGCGUUAUCGUCCCAGUGAUAAAGUGCUCGCAAGGUACCAACGUUUUCAAAAAGAGGUAGAUACAUAUGAGCGCCUUGAAAAUGAGCAGUGUAUUCGUGCGUAUAGCAGUGGGUUUCAGACCACGCGGCGGGACGUGGCACUUGUAUCCCACGAGCGCAAUAUUACCACAUCCAUCCUUGCCUUCGGUUAUACUGCCCCUGGCUCGGAAUAUACCAACGGUUGGAUUUGCUCAGCCGAGAAAUACUGCAACACGAGGUCCAUCUCGUCAACAGACUGGGAGGUCUUCGGCAAGAGCAUUGAUCAUUGCUUGAGCAAAAAGGCUACAGAAAUUUGCUCAGUGCAAUUUAGUUUCAAGAUCAUGAAGGUGUUGAUCGCCUUCAAUGUUCUCAAAAUCGUGGCAAUGUUGUAUAUUCUCUUCAGAUUCAAGGCUGAGGAGCUUAUUACAACGGUGGGGGAUGCUGCAAUGUCAUUUUUGCAGAUCGAAGACCAAACAACACACCAUAUGUGCCUUGCCAAUAAGCGACACCUCUAUCGCUUCUGGAGCUGGCGGAGAGACCCACAACCCUAUACAUCCAGCCCCGGAAGAUGGCAUCGAGCAGUGUCAAAGACGCGUUGGGUAGCGUUUUCUCUAUUUUUCAUUUUGUGCCUCGCGGUGGUAGUGCUUGGCUUCGCUAUGGGCUUCAUCUUCCUACGGGAAAAGAACCCGUCUAUAAUGGAGUCCGGUAUCCGUGGAUUGUGGGAUAUGGGCUUUGGCAUCGUCAAUGAGACAGCCCUGAUUUACAUCUCCAGUGAAUCGUUAAUCAAAACAGCGAUAACGGCCAACGUGGCUCAAGUCUGCUUAGCGGUUAUUUGGACAUGGUACAACGGCAUAAUCUGCUCCAUGUUUAUCUCGGCGGACUGGAGCACAUUUGCAUUUAAGGGACAAACACUGAUGGUAGGUUCACCAACUGGAAGUCAACGAGGCACAUGGCUACUGGGGCUUCCGUUUAAAUUCGGCGUUCCACUCAUGGCGCUUCAUGUCCUUGCACAUUGGAUUGUUUCGCAAUCUGUUUUCCUAGCACAAGCGGAAAUAUUAAGCGAUGUGGGCGAAUUCUUACAGCAGGUAUCGGAUUGCGGAUAUUCGCCAAUAGCAAUAAUUUUCGCCUGCAUAAUAGGGGUGCUCAUCUUUGUCACUCUGCUCGUGUUUGGCCCACGGAGAUUCAAGGCGGGAAGCCCCCCAAUAGUCUCAACAUGCAGUGCAGCUAUUAGUGCAGCUUGUCACCCCGGCACUGUACUUGAUGAAAAGGCAGGCUACGAAAAGUUGCGGUGGGCUGAUGUCGGUCCGGGCUGGAAUGUCGGCGUGGGCCAUUGCUCCAUCAUUCCAGAUAGAUUUUUUUCACCAACUGGCGAGACUAAUGCAUAUGCCAGACCUCCAUUAGAGGGGCGACUAUAUGCGUAA